UAUUCAGUAAACUACUUCAUUGCUACCUCUCGCCAUAUCAUCACUCUGUCAUACGACGUCUUACCGGUUUAUAGAAAAGUGGUUCCUACCAGUCCAGUGUUGGCUGAACAAAAUUGUAAACAUUGUUUGUCGUUACUUUGAUCGUGUUACAAGUCAAACGAUUAUGAGUGCCUUGAAUACGGACUUAUUGCCACUGGAGGAGAAGUUGCUGCACACACCACCUCUUGAAGAAGUGACAUUAACUUUAUUGGACGGCUUAAAGAGUAACUUCGGUGAAGUAACAGUUGAAGUUGUUAAUUGUCCAGACCUUCAGAGAGCUCCUUUCCAUUUAGCUUGUAAUGGACUAAGUGGCUCAGCAACGCUUUGUGAGAUCGGCGGGCCACCGUAUCUUUUACCACUGGUUGAUCGCACAAAGCUUUAUGAUUUGCGAGAGAUAAGUAGGAAGUUGCUAAAGUCAGGUGAAAUUUUUUCGAUCGGUGCUGGAGCUGGUUAUCAUCCGUAUUUGAACGAAAAUUGUGAGGGAAUCUACAACAUGAAAAUAAAAGCUGACAACGAUACGGAUGGAAGCUCAUCCUAUUUUGUGACAAAAAAGUCUAGCAAAGAAUGUAAUUUGAUUCCAGUGCCGCAUGACGAAACAAGGCUAGCACUUUUAGCAAACAUUUUUAUGUGUGAAGGAAAACCUGGACCGGUCGUUCGCGUUCAUUGUAAACAGCGAAUCGGUUCUGACGACUUUAUAGGAAGCAUCAGGAAGGCACUAGCGCUGAAAUAUGCUGAUAAAACUGUUGGUCUAGGAGGUGUAUUUCUGCUGAAACAAGGCAAAGCAAAGCAACAUGUAAUGAGUGAUUUCUCGAAAACACCAAUAUGUACUGAAGAAGAGCUGCAUGCAUGGAUGAAUUACUAUGAAAUGCCAGCAACGUUAAUUAAUCUGGGCACCCUCGUCACAAAUGACUCAGAUUUAGAUUUGAGGCUGCAACAUUUUCAUAGUUUUUCGAAAAGUGUCUGGGGUGGACACUAUCACAUCGAUACAACUCCAGAUAUAGUCGAGUAUGAAGGCUAUUUCAAUGUUGGGGAAAGAAUUGUGCGAAUCGAUAGGCCGAUCAAUACACACCAAUUCGGUCGUGACUAAUGUGGUGGAUGAUUUGGAAAAAUUAAUUACAUUUCCAUGUUUCUUUCGGUUUUAUUUCUGUUUUGGUGUUGGUUUCAUUGUGUAUGAAUAAAGAAAAAAAAAAUCCUUUUGCAAAAUUAUUCGUGAAAAUUGGCGAAUCGGAACCAAUGAAAAAUCACCUCAUACAUACCACUGACAAAAAUGUCAUUUUUUCAUUAUUAUAAACAUAAUUAUUAUAAAUCGUUUACUGGCUUCAUGUAACAUAUACCUUUCUAUAUUACGACAGUUGUUGUAUGCAACAUUUAAUUCAAUACAAAAGUUCCUUAUAACAGGCCUUAAUUAGUCUUAGGACACAGCAGAUUCAGUAGAUUUCUUACUGCGCAACUAGGGAUGUUAGAAAAACAAAAGUUACGUGAAUUUGGAAUCCUCAGAAUUUAUUUAGAGAAAGCGGCUGCAAAAACCGCUGUUUGUUGAAGUUAAAUUUCAACACAAUCUAAAAGUCACCAAAAACAACAUCGCAUCAGCUGAUCGCAACUGUCACUGUCAAUCUGGUAUCGCGUAAUAAAACGAAAAGAAACCCAAAACAAUAUUUCGAUCGUGACAAUAUGUUUCAUAAUAAAAACUAUCAUUAAAUCACUUCUAUCAAAUCAGUAAUUGAGUUUCGUAAUUGAAUGGCCACCAAAGUGGUAGCAACGGCUACAGUUCGAGCCAUAAACAGAAAGUUACAGCCGACUAGAGCAGCAAUCGUCAUGACACCUGCAGCUGUGAAUCGUAUCAAAGAGUUGCUUGUUGGCAAGACGGAAUACACUGCACUCAAAAUCGGUGUCAGACAGAGGGGAUGCAAUGGACUGUCUUAUACGUUGGACUAUGCCAAAUUGAAAGGUUUUAUUACAUCGACAUUCAGCCUUGAACUUAAACUCAUCGCCAUUUUUUUCGGUUAUUUUUUUCUGGUAGAUAAACUUGACGAGGAGGUCAUUCAAGAUGGUGUUAGAAUAUUCAUCGAUAAGAAAGCUCAACUGUCUUUACUAGGAACGGAAAUGGACUUCGUGGAAUCAAAGUUGUCAUCGGAGUUUGUUUUUAACAAUCCAAAUAUUAAAGGAACUUGUGGAUGCGGUGAAUCUUUCAGUUUAUAGAGACAACGAAAAGAUUAAAAUUUAAUCUCAGUGUGAUGCACCUGAUAGUUUACUUUACAGUUUUGUAAAGCUUAGCGACCAUUUUAAAGUUUUAAGUAAAUUCUUAAGUAUAUAGAAUAGUUGCUGCAAUAUUGUUUUGUGCGCAUAUGAAAGAAAAACGUUGCGAAAAUUGAAGAUUCCUCGACAAGUGCGCCGUAAUUUGCAUUCAAACUUCCGAACCGCAAUGAAUACAAAGUACUAAGUAUGGCCAAAUGACAAAAACUUGUUCUGGCCGCAUUGUUGCGACCGCAGCAUUAAUAUCUCAUUGGUUCGUCUACUCAAAUUGUUCGAAGUUGAUCAAGAGAAAUGGACCUUUGUGCGGAUAUGGAUUUCAUACGAACUCAUUUGAUGUAAAUUUUCACAACAAAUGAGUAUUCGUUCGACGCAAAAACAAGCGAAGUCCAAUAUGCUUCGGUCAUUACCUAGUGUUUUAUAUUCAUUGCCGAACCGGAUGUUUUCUUCUCAUGUAAAUUAUGGCAGUAAUGUCCAUGUAACUUAAUGUUUUAAAUAGUCUCUUCAAUACAUAAGCACGCUGUUGUAAAUAAUGACUUGUGGUUAUUAAUAGAAAUUAUUGAAAUAAA